CCACAGCAAAGGUUGGCGGUGCUACAGCAGUGGCGAUUGCCGAGGAAGAGGAACGAGAAGAGAGCGGAAAACAGGCAAACACGGGCGAAAACAAUGGACGCCCUUCGGCGGGAGGCACACCGCCUGGAAGCCGACCUUGAGGUCAAGACACAAUCGUACUCGAGGCUGGCCCAGCGGGUGAACUCGGACAUCCUCUACGAUGCAGAGGACCCAGUGGAUAGCACCCAGGAGCAGCUCUUGGCGGGGGAGAUUGACGAGCUUCUAUCCGCGCUGGGAGAUUGCAACGAGCGAAUGGGCGCCGAGGUUGCCAAGGGGGCACGCAAGGCAGACUCAGCCAUGCUGCAAAGAUAUCGGGAGAUCCUUUUCGACUUCUCAACGGAGUUCAAGAAGACCUCCGCGGCGUUGCAGCGCAAGAGGGAUACUGCGGAGCUUUUCAAGUCGUCCAGAGCCGAUCGCGGCGGGGGCGAUGGGACGGGGGAUUUCGAGCAGGAGCAUCUCCUCCGUGAGCAGAACGCCAUCCACAACUCUCUCCAGAGCGCCACGGGUGUGCUAGGGCAAGCCGCGGAGGCGAGGGAAAGCCUGAGGCAUCAGCGGGCUACCCUGGGAGCCGCAUCGUCGACAUUGUCGUCCAUGCAGAACCGUUUCCCGGCAAUAAACCGAGUCGUAGAGGCGAUCCAGAAGAAGAAGGCCAAGGACCGAUUGAUCAUCGCGGCCGUCAUGGCCGCUUGCAUAUUCUUCACGUUCUGGUACAAGGGCUGGCUCUUGUAGGCCACCCCUGCGGGGUUCUCCCAGACGUUGUGUUGUUUUUUUGCCAGCUUGGGGUGGGGGGGAGUCGUGGUCUCUCUCUCUCGAUGCGGCGUUUUCUUGGCAGCGAAAGCUCGCUAUCAGGAACGGGAGCAGUACGGCCGGUUUGUGUACCAAGCAGCUUUGGGGAUGGUUGCUUCAGUUGCAGGAGCGAGUCGAGAGGGGGGGGGGGGGGGGGUUCAGUCAGGUGCGACUUUAUGGUACUCCACGGACCAGUUUUUUUUCUGCGAGUUCCGCCGUGAUGUGGAGCAAAUCGUACGUCGUCGGGAGGCGUGAUCGACGUAUGCCCAACUUUGCUGUGUAAAGAGUCUAUUAUUGUAGACGUCGACCGGUUUUCGCGUUCCGGCUUCGACGCCCGCAUAGCGUGUGAGAGUCUAGUAGACGCUCAUCGUUUUUCCGCGCGCCGGCUUCGACACACGCACGCACUCCUUGGGCCCGUGCAGUUCUCGCUUGGUCGUAGUGCCCUCCAGAUAUUGGUACAAUUUAAGUGAGCAGCUCGGAAGGGCGUGUUUUUCCUUGCAAUGGAGUCGUGAGCUUGGUCCUCUCCGCGUUGUACAGGUACAGUAGUAGCGGGGAUGUUGUUUGAGUGUCGUUCUGUACAGGAAGAAUGGUUGCGACCUUCUUGCCCAAGGUGUAGUUUCAGGCGACGGCGCCAAGUAGUACUAAUCAUGUGACUAUUUUAAUAUUGCGGCCGUAUUCCGUACACAAAACGAAGGUGUCUCGCCGACCUUUGGCGGGUGCUCGUGGAGCACUCUCCCGCUCUUUUACAGGUUCACGGCGAAUUGUGUUCCUGUCGAAACAGCAUCCAAAUCGACGUUGUUGUUGUUGUCUGCUGUCAAAGAGAUGUCCUGGGCCUUGCCUCUCACCAUACCAGUCGGUGACUGCCUACCACGCUCUCCUUAAACCAGCAGAGUGGGGACGUGAAGAUGCGCGGAGGCUUGUUUGUCUGUUUCCGUGCACCUGUUGCUGAUGACCCUGUUUUUGGGCGAGGUGGCGUGUUGUCUGCGGGGCGUGCGCUCUGGGAGCACAUUCAUUUGUUGUUCGCACGUGUCACGCGUUUUUUUCGGAGGCGCGAUUGUUUUUUUUUCCCGCAUGGAUGCCCGUGCGUAUGUCGCCCGUGUGUCUGUUGGUUGCCCAUUUAUUGGUGGUAAGUCACAUGACACAACCUUUUUUUCUAGCACCUGGUUGUGUUUGCCUCCGCUGGCUUUUUUAGCUUCACGGGGUGAAACAACACGCGUGCCUGGUUUGUUUUGGGCUUUUUUGCUCAAUUGCGUGGUACCGCCUAUUUCUUCAGAGUGGUGGUGGUGGUACCCGAAUUAUACGCGUUUAUUUUUUCGGCAAGCCUCAGGCGGUCGGGUGCUGCUGUUGUGAGGCAGUGUCCGGUGGCGACUGCUUAUUUCUCCCCUGCUGGUUUGUCGUCAAACACGGCCUGCGCGGUAUUUUCAGGCCGUGUCGCCCGCCGGCUACGGUUUGUCCCAUGGGGGAGUCCCCCUGUGUUGUUGUUGUUGUGUAUUUGAGUAUAAUUCGGUGGUUUGGGUUGUAGUAUGACCCUAUCGCUGUUGCCACCACUAAUGCUGUUUUGUCAACAAUCUCUACGACGUACCAACGGUCCAUUGAUUGCGUUCGCAAGAUCAUCUCUACCCGUUACCCACGGUUAACGUCACACCGCAUCAUUAUUUGUUUCCCAACAUUUUCAACGUUCGUCUUGUGUGCUUGUUAAUCAUCUCAUGUGUUAUGUAAACGUCGUUGUCUGAGGUUGGGCUGAAACCAGCAGCGAGUGACUAAGACACUGAGACGUGAGUGUUCAAGUUUGUCGAAACGUGCUUGAAUCCGAACCCCAUACCAAAUACAAGUAUUAUUAUUGCUGUUAACAACGCAUUAUCGAGAGGAAACAAAUUCUCGCGCUAAGUAGGAAACGUGCGUUGUCCUCAGUUGUUUCUAGAAAAUACAUACACAGAAAGACUACCCGUUCGAGAUGUGCUCCUGACAAGGUGGUGACGAGAGCGAAGGCCACAACAGCAGUCCGCAGGCUUGUCAAUGAAGAGCAGCUGACUAAAACAAACGCCGUGUGUGCCUGACGCCACUUUCGAUCGGACCAUCCAUCCAUGUGACGUGUGACCCUCGUGUCAGAAUCAAUGUAGCAGGUCAGGGCCUGAUGUUGAUGCGACCGUGUCAUGUUCUAUUUGCGGCAGUGCUUCUUCGACACGCGUUAAUUAAAACUGCUGGUGUGCUCACCACCUCUAAACAUUGAGCUUUCGCAAGAGCCCCAGAAAUACUCAGAACUCUUUUUUUUUUUUUUUUUCCAAAUACAACACAACGAGUCCAUUUCCGUCAGAGAAAAGAGUCAAAGACAGAUUAGCAAUGGAAUCAUAGCGUCAAAGAAAACUACCUGUUGUGUGUCCACGAUUUCCCAGACAGCAUAUAUGGACAUCUCCCCUGCGGAUAACAGGCUCAACAAGACAGUUUGGUAGCUGUGUUGUGUGUCUUAUAUAUGUUAUGUUGGGAAGGUGUAGACGAAAAGUGUUGGGCUGUUAGUUAGU